AUGGCUACUUCCUCAACCAACGUCUACGGCGCUUAUGUCCCAUCACGGGCAGCAGCAAUCAUUGUCGCGAUUAUUUUUGUUAUUCUCACUGCGUUGCAGCUAUGGAGAAUUGUCGCGAGCAGACGAUGGUUUGGUCUCGCUAUUGUGACUGGAUGCCUCUUCGAAAUUGUGGGCCUUGCAGCUCGAGCCUACUCACAUAAUCACCUGGCACAAACGAAGCCCUACAUCAUUCAAAUCUUACUUAUCCUCCUUGCACCUAUUCUGUUCACAGCCUCGAUAUACAUGUUUCUCGGUCGUUUGAUCAAGGCAUCAGGGCAUCAGGGAUUGUCCUUCAUUCGAAUAAAUUGGCUCACCAAAAUCUUUGUCCUCGGUGAUAUCUUCUGCUUCCUCGUCCAGGCUGCAGGAGCGGGUUCAUUGGUGAAUGCAGAUACAAGCACUUCGAUCGACUCCGCACAAAAUAUCAUCUUAGGUGGCCUUGCUCUCCAGGUCUUAUUCUUCUGUGUUUUUGCUCUCUGCGCCAUCGUCUUCCAUGUCCGGACCCGGGCGCCCCACAUUCGACGAUCAAUAGAUCCGAGACUUCACUUGAAUGCCAUGCUCUUCACGCUCUACUUUUGCAGCAUCUUGGUGACAGUCCGCAAUAUCUACCGCCUUAUCGAAUACAAGAGCGGGACAACAGGCUAUCUUCAAGAGCACGAAUGGCCUACUUAUGGAUUAGACGUUGCCCUGAUGGCUAUCAUUGCCGCUGUGACUAUUUCAUGGUACUCUGUCAAUAUGGAAGGUUUCUAUCGUGAUGCGAUUCCUUUGACGUCGAGGGAUGGACAUCCAUGA